UUCUCCACUCCUGGAGUAGUAAAGCUUUACCACUUCCCUCACGGAUUACCAUUUCUCACAGUAAAUAAAAAAAAUGAGCUCUGACGACCCGAACCAACCCGGUCUCGUGAUAACUGUGACCGAAUCCAUUCGCUCGUUUCUUCUCUCAGCCUCCAAUGACCGUCGUCUCUCUGAAGAACUCCGAGAACUCGCUCUCACUCUUUCCUCAGCAGCCAAUGCACCGUACAAGCAGAUCCGGAGCAUAUGGAUGGAAUCAGUUUUUGACACCAGGCCCGGAUUGAUUUCUCUCUUCUCCGGAUCUAAUUUCGUUUUCACCAGUCCUAAACCCAGAGAGAAGAGCGAAGAAUUGAAGGAGAGGUUAAGGAAGCUUAAAGAACUAGCAGAGAGGAAAGAGUAUCAAGAGCUUGUUAAAGAUAUCACGCCGAAGAAGGAUCUCAAUGAACCUUUCUCUACUUAUAAGGAUCAAAUUGGCUUUGGUUUACAUGUUGCUCUGACAAUGUUUACUGGGUAUUUGGUUGGUUAUUUUGCAUUCAGAGCGUUGUUUAACCACAGUCCUAUCAUGAAUUCUGCUGGAGGUAUUCUUGGAUUGGUUUUUGGCAUGCUUCUUGAAACAUUUUUGUUCAUUAUUAGGACUUCAGAGCCUAACCUUAAAUCGCCGUCCUCAACUUCGAGAUUGAAGAAAAAUCAAUAGAGCAGCUAAGAAGAGUAAUUGGCAUGAAUACAGUCAUCCCCAAAAUGUAUGUGGUUCCUUUUAAUUCCUUCCAGACUUGACUCCAAGAGUGAGAAAGACUGGCUAAGCCCCCAAAACAAGGUAUGUUCACUCAAAUUUGUUACUGGAAUCCAUUUCUUUAGAUAGAAAUCUAUGAUGUAUAUUUCGGACCUAGUGUUCUUAGCUCGGUCACCUUUACGAAAAUUAGAUCUUAUCCUUGUCUUAGAUGUAAUGAUGGUAGACUAGAUUGUGACAUUGUUAAUAGAGACUAUAAUUUUUGGUCCUUGAAUUUGACAGCUAGAUUGACUUUGGUAUC